GUAGAUGCCGCUGGUGUGUUCCACGCAUGACAAGCGAGGCCUAAGUAGUAUUCCGGAAUAAAAAGGCAAAAGCUGCGUACAUUUUUCGGCGAAAAAAGGAAAGAAAAAAAUUCUGCUUCCUUGCUUUAAAUUCAGUUGAAAAGACAAAAAAAAGAAGAAACCCCCCUUUAAAAAAAAACCAGCAAACCCCCCAACAAAACAACACACCCCUCCCUUUGAAAAAAAAAAAAAAAAAAAAAAAGUCUACAAAAAUAACAGACACAACAAAACAAAAACAGAAAUGGCAUUGAAAAGAAUUCAGAAGGAACUGCAGGAUUUAGGUCGAGAUCCUCCAGCUCAGUGUUCUGCUGGGCCCGUUGGCGAUGAUUUAUUUCACUGGCAGGCUACCAUUAUGGGUCCACCAGAUAGUCCGUACCAAGGUGGGGUAUUUUUUUUGACAAUUCAUUUUCCUUCGGAUUACCCAUUCAAGCCUCCAAAGAUAAAUUUUACAACGAGAAUAUAUCAUCCAAAUAUCAAUAGUAAUGGCAGUAUCUGUUUGGAUAUACUACGUUCACAGUGGUCACCAGCAUUGACUAUCUCAAAAGUACUGUUGUCAAUCUGUUCUCUGUUGUGUGACCCAAAUCCAGAUGAUCCUCUAGUACCAGAAAUAGCCAGAAUUUAUAAGACAGACAAGGAAAAAUAUGAAAGGCUUGCAAAAGAGUGGACAGCCAAGUAUGCGAUGUGACAUUUAUAAACUUCGCUUUUUAGGGAUCUAAAACAAAACAAAAUACAAAAAAAAAAAAUUUAAUGAAAAAAAAAAAAUAUUUGGAAAAUCGUGCAACAUUGAUAAUGAGCCAAAGGAGGCAUGACUGCUUUCAGAACUAGCUUGUUUGACAGCGGAGAUACGCGCAGGGUUGGGCUGGGUGGCAUUUCAACACAAAUCUAUAUUUCUCAAACAUGCCUCACUCGAGUAAAACUAUCCAAUUUUUGUAAAGUAGAAUGAAUAGCCAUGUCUAAAGUUUCUUGAAAUAAUAAAAAGAAAAACUGCGUAGCGUCUUGGUGUCUUUGGCCGUGGUUUCUUGAGAUAUCGUGUAAUUUGGUUGGCCAUUUUCACCCCCCUUAGUUCUGGCAUUGAUUCCACUGAUGUCUCAUGCAACCACGGUUACUUCUGUUAAGAAUGUAGUGCACUGUUGAUGGCUCUCUUUGACUUUCAAUUCUCAUCUUGGUAAGGAAAAACAAAAAAAUGUGCAUGGUUACAAAAGCCAUCUUUUGUCAGUAAAACCUGUUUACCCAACAGUUGUAUUGCUGCAAUAAACACUUAAUUCUGUCUUUUGUUGACCUUUAUUUGCUUUCAUUACAUGUCCAGCUGUUGUAUUUCUGAAGGAUAAAAAAAAAAAAAAACAAAAACAAAAAAGGAUUGGAGGGGUGAACUAACAAAAAAAAAAAAGAAACAAAACCAACAAGUGUUUCAAAGUAUCAGGGGGUUAAUCUAAAAAAAGAAAAAAGAAAAACAACCAAAGAAUUCUUUCUUUCCUUAAUGUAAUUGGCACACCAAACUGGAUAGACCUUCUUUCUCUCUCUCUCUCUCCUUCUCUCUGUCAUUCUCUUUUUCUUUCUUUCUCUUGCUUCCUUCCUUUCUAAAUUGCCUAGUUCUUCUUCUUCACGUUUUCUUCAUCCCACCAGAUGCUGUUAAAAGUCCCAGGAAUAUUCCUGAAAAAUUGUAAACUUCAGUUUGAAAAAAAAAAAUGGCAAAAAAAAAAAAAAUUUCAAAAAAAUAUCAGAUUCA